CAGAAGUUGUCUAAAAUGUUGCUGCCGUCGCUGCUGUUGCUGACCCUUCGAAUGGUUUGCCAGGUCCUGGCAGUUGAUUACGAGAUGCUAAUUGAUGAUCCCGAUGUCUUCGCCGACUGCCUGGAAAAUCCGCCAGGUGCAAAAGGUGCGAGUGGCCUGUUCAAUUUGGAUGAAUUGACAUUCACACUGAAUGGCGAUAAGAUACAUGUGGAGGGCAAUGUGACAACCGUUUGGGAUGUAGAGCCAACAGAUCGUAUAACGGCUUCAGCACGUCUAAUGCAACUGGAUCGAGGCAUUUGGCAACCCACAGUCUUCAGCAUUGCCACGCAGGACUUUUGCGCUCUGAUGUACGACAAGGAUCAGUACUGGUUCAAGUAUUGGACUCGCUAUGUUGAAGACAUGGAUGCCAUGAAAUCCAAAUGUGUCAAUCAUAAGGGAACGAAGCUAGUUCAUUCGCCCUUCGACAUAAAUAUGGUGCUGAGUAAUGUCCGUGGCACUACUCUGCACGGCCGCUAUAAGAUUGUCGUCACCUUGGAAGCCUUCGACGAUGAGAAGAACGUUAAGCGCCCGGAGAGCAUUUGCAUGGAGAUCAUUGGCGACUGUGAGAGGCUGUGAGAAUCCUCGGAAUUUCUGUAAUAUUUGAUUUAUAAUAAACGAGGAAAGUGUUGUAGCUGAAGUAGGAAUGCAAA